GGACGAGGCCGUCAAAGGACCCAAAUUUUCGCCGUCUGACGCACGGAGAAUCCAAUCCCCGGCGCCAAGAGUUCCCCCCAUCGCCCGCUAGCCCCGCCGCCCGUCCUCCUUUCUCCUGUCUUCCUCGCUCGUUCCGUUCCCCAAAUCGCCGACGCUAGGGUUCCUCUCCCUCCACCGACCACCGCCGCCGUUCCCGCCGUCUUGUUCGCGUCGUCGGCCUCGCUCCGUCCUCGCCCCGGCCAUCGCCAAGGUCCAGCCGGGGUCAGGCUGUUCCUCGCCGGCGCCAGACGUACCGGCCGCAAGCCCGCAAUCCCUCGACGUACCCGGGUCCAGCCGGGCCGCCUGGGAUCCGGGGUGCCUCCCACGACGCUGACAGGGAUCCGGGCUCCCGGCGACCUCCGUUUGCCCCCGCAGCGCCUCCCGCCGAGGAACUCCAGCUUGCAGCUUGGAUUCUCCGUGCGUCAGACGGCGGAAGCUUCCACUCAUCGGUGGCCACGGCAGAAAGUCGCGAGCACUGAGCAUUGCUCUCAACUCUGCUUCUUGCACUGCAGAAUCUUUAGGGUCUCGAUCCUCCUCCGCCUUGCCACUUCCGCGCGCGCCGAUGGCGCCAUCGUGGUCGGAGCUGCCGUCGGAGCUCCUCGGCGUCGUCUUCCUCCACCUGCGCUGCCUCGCAGACCGCGUCUACUUCGCCGCCGUCUGCCGCUCCUGGCGCUCCGCCACGGCCCCCGCGGUGCCGCCGCCGCCGCAGCUCCCGUGGCUCCUCCUCGUCCCGUCCGCCGGCGCGCCCUGCUUCGUCAGCCUCCUCGCGAGCUCCGCCCGCCGCCGCAUCUCGCUGCCCCACGGCGCCCACGGCGCGCGCCUCUGCGGCGCCCACGCCGGCGGCUGGCUCGCCGUCGCCGCCAGCGGCUGGCGCGCGUGCGCGCUCGUCAACGCCUUCUCCCGCGCGCGGGUCCCCCUGCCCGACAGGAUGAGGGUGCCCAGGCACGGCAUCACGACCUGCCUGGUCGUCCGCGCGGUCGCGCUCUCGGCGCCGCCCACCUCGCGGGGCUGCGUCGCCGCCGCGCUCGUCAGCGGCGUGUCCAACCUCGCGUUCGUGCGGCCCGGGACGGACCGCCAGUGGCUGGCCUCCGAUGCCGUGCCCGGGCUCCAGGACGUCCUGUACCACGACGGCGAGGUCCUGCGGGGCUUCCACGCCGUCACCAGCGACGAGGCGAUCACGGUGUUCGUGCAGGAAGGCGGCCAGGGCGGCGCCGGCGCGCCCGCCCUCAGCAUGGCCUGGAGGUGCUACCGGAUGCGGCGGCGGCACAACGCGCCGGCGCCGAGCCGGUCCCCCUCCGCCGGCGUGAGCCGCUACCUGGUGGAGUCCCGCGGGAAGCUGCUGAUGGUCGUGCGCCGCUUCCCGUCCGUCCAGCACGAGCACGGCGGCGGCGGCGCGGCCACGGCGCGCGGGUUCGAGGUCUUGGAGCUGGGGGUGCAGACCCUGCCCGGUGGCGUUCACGUGGCGUGGUGGUUGGAGCUCGACGGCGGCUUGGACGGGCGCGUGCUCUUCCUCGCGCGAGGAUGCUCCAGGGCGUUCGAGGCGUCCCAGUUCGGCGGCUUCUUGCAGGAGGGCAUCUACUUCUUGGACGACACAAGCUUCGACAUCUCCUUGGCGCUGUCGCGCGGGGGCAAUUUCCCGUGCAGCGACGUCGGCUGGUACUCGGGCAGCGAGAUCAUGGCUGGGAUCAAGGGCUUCCCGUCCGAGUUCCAGUCGACUUUCUCGUCACCGACCUGGUUUUACCCAUGACUUAUUAGCCGCACUGCUCGCGUUCAUUCGAUCACUCUGUUCUAGCUCUACCAUGAGCUCGUGCCUAGUGGGACCACUUGUUCAUCACCAAUGCAGUUGUCCUCUAGAACAAAAUUAAAGGCACACUUUGUCUAUGUUUAUCAAUUGCCAUAUUUUUCUCAUUAAGAGGUGGAGUGGUACAAAGCCUCCACCAUCACG